GUCCAGUUCGAUCUUGCAACAUCAUCGCCUGUGCGCACUACACAAUGUCUAGUACUCCCACAGUCAACAGAGCGGCUAUAGACAGAGCAUUUGCUCACGACUCCUCAUUACGAAAGCGAGUGUACGAUGCCAUUCAAGAAACACCAAACUACGCAGACCUUUUCGAGGACAUUGCCGAAUACCAUCUGAAGCACCAGUCUGUGAACGGCAGAGAUGGCCCCAGUGACGAGCCAGCCUCAAAAAAACGCAAACUAGCCAAUGGCUCCCUGCCCAUCCCUGCUAUACAGCCGAACGCCCCUCGCGAAGUCAUCCUCGAAGCGCGCGACAUAUCCUUCUCCCUCCCUCAGCGAAAGAAACUACACCUUGGCAUUGCACAGUAUGGUACAGAUAUCGAGGCCUCAUCCACAACUUUCGCAAUCUACACCCGCAACCCAGCGAGCAAUGAUGUCGAUAUGGAGGUGCCGCUGGACCAGUUCGCCUACGCUCUGCGACUCCCUGUACCUGAGAAGGCAGCAAAGCAAUACAACUUCGUCCUACUCCCAAAGCCUGACGCUAAGGUUUCUGAACCCAUAAUAUGGACUAUCAACCACGGUCCCUUGAAGUCGUGCCACAUCCCAAACCAGGCCAUCGCAGCCAUCGCGUCAGAACCCGAUGACGCCCUCGAAAGAGUGCUAGGUUAUGUUCUGAAAAAGGUUGGGGUAACUCUCACUCUACCUUCUGCCGAGGAGUUCGCAAGCGCAAGGCCCGAAUCUCAUCGCAAGGGAGACAAGGCGUACCACGUCAAAGCAUUCCGUGGGUCUAAGGACGGAUUUCUAUUCUUUUUGCCCAACGGAAUAUUCUUCGGAUUCAAGAAGCCACUGUCUUUUUUCGCGUUUGGAGACAUUGUCUCGGUCUCAUAUACGAGCGUAUUGCAGAGGACGUUUAAUCUGAAUAUUGUGCACAGGUCAGAUGAGGACCCGGAUAUGCACCAGGAAGUCGAGUUUUCGAUGCUGGAUCAGGCUGAUUUUCCGGGGAUAGAUGCGUAUAUCAGACGGCAUGGGCUGCAGGAUGCAAGUCUGGCCGAGUCACGAAGGGCGCAGAAGUCUAAGCCUGCGGGCGCGAAUGGAAAAGGCACGCCUGCGGCAAGUGGAGAAGCAGAAGGUGACGAAGACGAUACGAGGACGGAGCUGGAGAAGGCGGCGCAGCAGAUGGAAGAUGAGGAGGACGAAGAGGAAGAAGAUUAUGAUCCUGGCUCGGAGGGAGAGAGUGAAGGAAGUGAAGAGAGCGAGGAUGAAGAUGAAGAAUAUGAAAAAGAGAGGAAGAAAAUGAAGGGACGGAAUAUCGUUGCUGAGGAGCUGGGCAGUGAGGCUGAGGAUGUGAGUGUCACGGAAGAUGAAGAUGAAGAUCAUGAAGGGGAGGGAGACGAAGCUGGCGACGAAGGAGAAGCAGAAGAUAUCGAGCAGGACCCGCAAGGCUUCGAGCUCGGCCAGCAUGUCAAAGCACAUGGGUUCAGUGCUGUGGCUCCAGCAGCGCAUAAUGGCCUCUGGGCGGGUAUGCCAGACCCGGAUGAUGACGAUCAGUUGUAAGGUUAUUGAAUCCAGGUGCACGACAUGAGCAGGAUGAUGUGUCGGGAUCCGGUCACCAUUAAAAACCGAAUAUAUACCAAAACCUGGAGUCGGAUAUGAUCCAGCAUCAAGCACGCGGCUGAGCUCGAGAUAUCGUGAUUGUAAGCAAUAUCCUGAAGAAUAGCUGGCUCUACUCUCUAUUCAGGACUUCCU